AUGGCUUCAGAUUUCGACUUGAAUGCUGCUUGGUGUCCAGAUUAUAUGGGCCUUGAUGAUGAGGAGCAUGACUUUCCAGCUCACAAUGAGCAAGGGAACUUUGAUCUUAACUUGGAGCCACAUGAAGAUGAGUCAAACUUCAUUCAACCAACUGAAGUUUUGGAACACCAAGCCAAUGAUAACACCAUGGUUGCAGUCAAUCAUCACAAGCGCAGCAGACUCAACAGUGAGGACAAGCUUCAAAUAUUUUGUUGGCUCCUCAAUAAAGCAAAAGCAGGUAAACUAAAAAGGGGCUCAAUCAAAGAUGCAGCAUCUGUAUUUAACUUAUCAGUUAGAUGCAUUAUCAGCAUUUGGAACACAGCCAGAAAACAGAGUUCAUCCAUGCAAAGGUAUAAUGUCUCAACUAAAUUCCAUUUUUCUGGAAGAAAGAGAAUUCAAGUGCAAUUAGAUGAAAUUACAAAACUGAAAAUGGGAGAGAGGUCAUGUAUUAGAGACUUAGCAACUAUGCUUAACAAGAGUAAGAGCACGGUUCAUAGAAUGAUUAAAAGGGGACUAAUAAAACCACACACUAAUUCACUUCAUCCAGGUUUAAAAGAACCAAACAAAAUUGAAAGACUGAAAUGGAUUUUCCAAUUGUUAAUGGGAAACACACCAGAAACCAUGAGAGAGUACUACCCCAUGUAUGAUAUCGUCCACUUGGAUGAAAAAUGGUUCUAUCUAAGUACCAAAUCACAUGGGGUCUAUUUGGCACAAAACGAAAGGGGUAGAUAUAGGGCAGCAAGUUCCAGCAAGUUCAUUCCAAAGGUGAUGUUUACAGCAUGUGUAGCAAGACCAAGAUAUAACUCAGAAGGGGUAUGCACAUUUGAUGGGAAGAUUGAAAUCUUCCCAUUCACAUACCAAGAGGCAGCAAAGAGAACAUCGAAGAACAGGGCAAAAGGAACCAUGAUAACCAAAGUGAUUGAGAGUGUAAACCAAAAGGUAACAAGGGACAUGCUGAUUAAUGAAAUAAUUCCAGCUAUAAAGGAGAAAUGGCCAAGAGAUGGAGGUCCAACGACCAUUUUCUUACAACAAGAUAAUGCUAAGGCACAUAUCACUCAUGAAGAUCCUGAAUGGCAGUUAAUUCAUGAACAAGAUGGAUUCACUUUUAUUUUAAUUUAA